AUGGAUCCGCGCGUGGCCUGGAUCCAGCCGGAGCAGAAGGGGCCGGCCAAUGCCCUGUGGAUGCAGAUCUGGGAGACCUCGCAGGGCGUGGGACGCGGCGGCUCGGGCUUCGCGUCUUACUUCUGCCUCAAUUCGCCCGCGCUGGACCCGGCAGCCUCGGCGGGGGCGGCCGGGCUGGGCGGCGGCGGCGGCCUGGCCGGGCCCGUGCUGCCCGCCGCGUCGCCCCCGCCGCCCGCGGCCGGCCCCGCCGCGCUGCCCCCGGCGCUGCUGACGGCGCUGGGGCCCGCGGCGGAGGGUGCUCGGCGCCUGCACAAGUCGCCGUCCCUCUCGUCCUCGUCCUCGUCCUCGUCCAACGCCGAGUCGGGCACCGAGAGCCCGGGCUGCUCGUCGUCGUCCUCGAGCAGCGCCUCUGUGGGCCGGGCGGGCGGCUGCGGCGGCGGCCGCGGCGAUGCCUUCUUUCACUUCGCCGACGGCCCGCCCAGUGCCCCCGGCGCGGCCAACGGGCACCCCGGGGCGCGCGGCCCCGCGCCCGCCGGCUCCCCGCCGCAGCACCAGUUCCACCCGGGCCGCCGGAAACGCGAGAACAAGGCCAGCACGUACGGCCUCAACUACCUGCUGUCAGGCAGCCGCGCGGCCGCGCUGAGCGGAGGGGGCGGCCCGGGCCCCCAGGCGCCGCGGCCCGGCACCCCGUGGAAGAGCCGGGCGUACAGCCCAGGCAUCCAGGGACUUCAUGAGGAAAUAAUCGACUUCUAUAACUUCAUGUCCCCUUGUCCUGAAGAAGCAGCCAUGAGAAGAGAGGUGGUGAAACGGAUUGAAACUGUGGUUAAAGAUCUUUGGCCAACAGCUGAUGUCCAGAUAUUUGGCAGCUUUAGUACUGGUCUCUAUCUUCCAACUAGUGACAUUGACUUAGUGGUCUUUGGAAAAUGGGAGCGUCCUCCUCUCCAGCUGUUGGAGCAGGCCCUGAGGAAGCACAACGUGGCUGAGCCGGGCUCCAUCAAGGUUCUGGACAAAGCUACAGUACCGAUAAUAAAACUUACAGACCAGGAGACUGAAGUUAAAGUUGACAUCAGCUUCAACAUGGAGACUGGGGUCCGGGCAGCAGAGUUCAUUAAGAAUUAUAUGAAGAAAUAUUCAUUGCUGCCUUACUUGAUUUUAGUAUUGAAACAGUUCCUCCUGCAGAGGGACCUGAAUGAAGUUUUUACCGGUGGAAUUAGCUCAUAUAGCCUAAUUUUAAUGGCCAUUAGCUUUCUACAGUUGCACCCAAGAAUUGAUGCCCGGAGAGCUGAUGAAAACCUUGGAAUGCUUCUUGUAGAAUUUUUUGAACUCUAUGGAAGAAAUUUUAAUUACUUGAAAACUGGUAUUAGAAUAAAAGAAGGAGGUGCCUAUAUUGCCAAAGAAGAGAUCAUGAAAGCCAUGACCAGCGGGUAUAGACCUUCGAUGCUGUGCAUUGAGGACCCCUUGCUGCCUGGAAAUGAUGUUGGCCGGAGCUCCUAUGGGGCCAUGCAGGUGAAACAGGUUUUUGAUUACGCGUACAUUGUACUCAGUCAUGCUGUGUCACCGCUUGCGAGGUCCUAUCCAAACAGAGAUUCGGAAAGUACUUUAGGAAGAAUCGUCAAGGUAACUCAGGAAGUGAUUGACUAUCGGCGGUGGAUCAAGGAGAAAUGGGGCAGCAAGGUCCACCCAGCUCCCGACCUUGACAAUAGAAUUAAGAUAAAAGAGCGAAUAAACGCAUGUGAUGGAGAGCAGCCCCAGUGCCGAGACCCGGAGCCACCCUACAGCCAGCACCUGACCUUGUCUCUGCCCUGCCCUCAGCUUCUCUCCUCGGGAUCCUCUGCGUCUUCCGUGUCUUCACUUUCUGGAAGUGACAUUGAUUCUGACACCCCUCCCUGCACAACACCCAGCAUUUACCAGUUCAGUCUGCAAGCACCUACUCCCCUACUGGCCAGCUUGCCCACCGCCUUGCCCAUGCCAAGUGGCAAGCCUCAGUCCACUACUUCCAGAACAUUGGUCAUGACAACUAACACUCAGACCAGGUUUACUAUACCUCCGCCGACCCUGGGCGUAGCCCCCAUUCCUUGCAGACAAGUUGGUGUUGAAGGAACUUCCGCACUGAAGGCCGUGCACCACAUGUCUUCCCCGGCCAUUCCGUCCGCGUCUCCUAACCCGCUCUCCAGCCCUCAUCUGUAUCAUAAGCAGCACAGUGGCAUGAAGCUGGCCAUGAAAGGCUCUCACAACCACAGCCAAGGUGGCAGCUACAGCUCUGUGGGCAGUGGAGGUGUGCGACCCCCUGUGGGCAACCGAGGACACCACCAGUAUAACCGCACCAGCUGGAGGAGGAAAAAACACACGCACACGAGGGACAGCCUGCCUGUUAGUCUCAGCAGAUAAUAGUUCCUGGUGGCACCUCCUGGCCACACCCUUCUGAGACUGACCCGGGUGGCCUCGGCGCCUGGCAGGAACUGAGACCAGCAUCCAGCACAUCAGCCGGGCCUCUCAAACGCCCGCCGCUGAUCACUCUGCAUGUUUCUUGUGUGGUGGUCACGUCCAUCUUAAAGAACAGCUCCUUGUGCUCAUCUGUGAAGCCUUAUCCACGUGGACGCUGUUUUCUGCCUUCCCAGGAUCCUUCCAGAAGCAGGUCUGGACCUGGAGCUGCAGGGGAUGAAGUCGGCUUGGGCAUUUGUUUCUCAGCCGUGUCUAUUCCUUCGAGGUUGAGUGUUUUCAUUUUACGUUUGUCAGAGCCACAGAGAUCAACCCUGUAUCGGCUCUUCCUCGGCAGAUGGAUGGAGGUCACAUUGUUUUACUGCCCUCAUGUUUUGUUUCAAGUUUCAGAACUGUUUUUCUAUGUAAAUAUUGAAAACUUAUCAUUUGUGCAAUAACUCAGAUAUUUUUUAUUUAAUUUCCUAUUUUCACAUAAGUUAUAUUUAAGGGAAGAGGGAAUUUUUUUAAACAAGCUUAGGUCCUUUCCCAAGUUGCUUUUCUAAGUUGGGUUCAUAGAGUCGGCUGGUUGUCUGGUGAGCACUGUUGCAAACACCAUGAAUGAGGGGCUUGGGUUUAUUUUUAUGUUUAUUCUUUGGGUCAGAGGGGAAGCCUCUCAAUUUGUGGUGAAGGAGCCAAGUUGCCCCCUAGUUUUCUGAAGGGGUCUGGCCCCCGACCAGCUGCCUGCCGGUUCUGCCGUCCAGCCUGCCUAUUGUCUCGCUCUGACCAUGGAGUUUUAACGUUUUGGUUUUUGGUUCUUUUAAACUAGACAACAAAUCCAGCAUUUAAAGUGCCAGAAGUACAACUUUCUAAGGGGAGAAGAGGUUGUCACAUUAUAAAAUCAAAAAAAAAGAAAAAAAGAAAAAAAAAAAAGAAUGUGAACUACAUGCUUCAGUCAGCUUUAGUAAUAACAGCCUGUAAUGAUGGGGCUGGUGAGGAUCAUGACGGACAAUGGUGCCCAGUUUAGGAAUGUGGAGAAAGGAAUUAUGUUGAUUCCAUUGAGGAAUCUGUGUAGCAGUAUGCAUUCGUUCUGUUAAGAGCAAAUAUAGGAAAAGUACUUCAGCUGCUCAGCAAAUAUAGGAAAAGUGCUUCAGCUGCUCAGCGCGCUGUGGGGAGUAUUCCUAAUGCAUUGCAGGAGAGCACAGCCCAGUGUGGGGCUGGGAGGGCUGGCGCCCGACUUGAGAAGCAUACAGGUAUACUAUGCAAGUGUAUUCUGCCAUGACAACCACUGUCUUUGUUACCUUUUUUUGAACAAGAAUAUUCAUCCUGCCUAACCCUGAGUUUUUGGAGCACCACAGUUGUCCUGGGAGUUAGCGCAUCUCAUAGGUCUGACUUCCCAUUUCUAACGUGGGGUAUUGACCCUGCUGAACACUAAAGGGAGGUUGGCCUUUGGAGUCUACCCACUGAACACUAAAGGGAAGUUGGCCUUUGGAGUCCACUAGUGGAGUAUGUUGAGACAAGAAACGUAUUACCAUGACACCUGAUUGAUAUGUAGAGUGAUAUCUGAAUGUGAUGGACACCCAGCAAGGACAAGCUUUAAAAUGUCUACGUCUGUUUGGUUUUAAGCAGGACUGGCCCAUAUUAUCAUUGAGAGCUGCCAGCUGUGACUGCAGCUUCCCUAGGAGGCAUUCCAGAAUAGAGUAGCACAUUUUGUCUACAGUUCUUAAUGAUCGAAAGAUAUCAGAAUAUUUAAAGAUAUUUAAAUUGUAAACCUAUUGAUAAAGAGAUAUUUAUAAAACUGAUAUGUAGGUCUGUACUAAUCUCUACAUAUUAGCAAUAUUGACUGUAACCCUAUACACUAAGGACACCACUGCGGGGACGACGGCCAGUGUCCCGUGGGUGCCCAUUUUAAAGCUCGAUUCACACACACAGGUGCCAUGCUCCACCCCGUCAUGGUGAACAAAUGAAUUGGCCUGGCUACCACUGUGGUCACAAAGGAUAUCAUGUUUCAAUUUUUUUUGUGUGCAGACAACAAUAUGAAGCUAAAUGGACAUAUUUUUAUGUAAAGUUUUUCUAUUCUUUGAUUUUUAAUAAACUUUCGAAA